AUGGACGGGAAGAAGGGCCCCAUCUACGACAUCCUCCCCCCCUCACUGGAGAAAAUAAAAAAAACGGACAGGAGAAGAAGCCAAGGUGAAGCGAAGGAACUGCCCCGUAAUGAGUUGGCACUGGGACCCCCCCAACGGGGUGCACAGCCCCUCAAAAUGGGUCCCACGCCACGGGAAGGGGCCAAACAAAUGAAGCAGCACACGGAGGAAACGAAGCAACACACGGAGCAAACGAAGCAACACACGGAGCAAACGAAGCAGCACACGGAGCAAACGAAGCAACACACGGAGCAAACGAAGCAACACACGAAGCACACGGGACACACGGAGCAAACCGAGAGGGCCGCUAACCACGUGGCCCAAAAGUACAGCAACGUCAUCUUAAGCAGCGACGAAAUCAGCGCCAUCAUCAGCAGCAACGCACACUUCAAAACGCUCGUCGAAAGUGAAAAGGUAUCCUCCUUUAUGGGGGAUUAUUUGGAGAACCCACUCGUGGCCAUAAAAAAACACGGGAAGGACGAAACGAUUGCUCAAUUCCUCGACUGCCUCUUCCGGUACAUGACGCAGAAGAGUCGCAGCAUUCACUUGGCCAACCUGCCCGACAACUUUACCAUCCCGCGGAGGUGA